CAUUCCUGUCAGACAUUGCGUCAGACGCUCCAGGUGGAACACAAGCCAGUGCUGAUAUUUAUAUUAAAGCCUUAACAUAUAAAAACAAACUAAUCAAUCAACAAGCACGACCUCAAACGCAUGGGGAAUCAAUCUUCCUAGAUAUCACUCUCACGAUCACAAGUAAAUGAAGUAAUGCUUCUUGCUUCUUAGGUCCGACUCCGACAUACCUGUCACAUUGGCAUUGCGUCAGGCACACCGGAUGGGACGUUAAUUCAUGUGGGUGAUUAAUUAGAGAAAUUCUAAUAGAUUUGACUUUAGUUAGUGACGAGAGGCAGUAAUCCCCUUGAAGCAAAGCCAUGAAGCUAAGGGCCUCCAAAGGGCAUCCGGAUGGACUGAAGGUCCUCAUAGCGGCCGCCGUCUCUGGCCACAGCGUCGCCGUCGUAGAGGAGAAAGGUACAACUCCAAUCAUUUUUGAAGUAACUGAGGGGAACACAGUUGCACAUUUGCACGCUAACAGUGCUGUUCUAUAUUUAGUGCACACAUCCAAUCUCGGCAAUAAUGAAAUCGAGGAACUGCUACAGUGGGAAGCAACAGAGCUUAAGCCUAUUCUCUUACCAUAUUUGGCAUCUGUUGCCAGCGGCCGGGAAGAUAAGAACUUACGUAGCAGUCUGCAGGGUUUAUUGGCAAAACUUGGAAAUGGAAAUCAGUUAAAGUGUGAGCAAGGCAAUGGAGCUUCGAUUGUUUUGUUCUCUUCACUGUUACCAUUGUUAUGGGAAGCAUCAAGUCGUAGUCUCCUUGAAGAAUUUCCCUUGUUGGUGGCCUUCCUGAAUACUCUACAAGAAGUGGAGCAUUUUAAGAAAAGUGUGCACCUGUGGUAUGGCAGUGGUGAAUUUACUUUAAAACCAUGGGUUUUGCAGUUACCUACUCCACCAAGUCCAUCAAACUGUACCUUGAAUCUUCUCAAAGGAGAACCGUCAUCCCCUAGUAAAACGGGAGCUCCUGAAACUCCUGCUGACCAGGCAAAGCGUGUUGCUAUAUCUUCAGAGCAGAUCUCAGCAGCUAAAACAUCAUGGCAGAACCCACCUAGAGGAACUAGUGCUUCAGUUAAGAAAGUACCAGUUUUGCCUGUUGAUGGAGAAACCAAUAUACUUAUAACUGCUUCGUUACCAUAUGUCAAUAAUGUUCCACACCUUGGGAAUAUUAUUGGUUGUGUGCUCUCUGGUGACUGCUUUGCUAGAUUCUGUCGUUUGAGAGGAGACAAUGUUCUCUAUAUCUGUGGCACUGAUGAGUAUGGCACUGCUACUGAAACAAAAGCAAUUGCUGAAGGUUUAACACCUAAGCAAAUUUGUGAUAAAUAUUUUACAGUUCACUCUGAGGUGUAUAAAUGGUUUAACAUUCAGUUUGACUAUUUUGGCCGAACUACCACUGACCUCCAGACCAAGAUAACCCAAGAUAUAUUUUGGGAUCUUCAGAGGAAUGGCAUGAUAAGCCAAGAUUCUGUGGAGCAGCUUCAUUGUGGAAAAUGUAACAGAUUUCUUGCAGACAGAUUUGUGGAAGGCACUUGCCCCCACAUAGGCUGUGGCUAUGAGGAUGCACGAGGUGACCAGUGCGAUAGUUGUGGGAAACUCAUCAAUGCCGUGGAACUCAUAAAGCCCAGGUGUAAGUUAUGUUCUAGUCCACCAAGUGUAAAGUCAUCAAAUCAUCUCUUCUUGGAUUUACCAAAGAUUGAAAAAGGUUAUUCGCCUUGGCUUGGUAUGUCAUCAAAGAACUGGAGUAACAAUGCAAAAGUUAUUUGUGAGAGCUGGUGCAGGGAUGGACUGAAGUCACGUUGUAUCACCAGAGAUUUGAAAUGGGGAACACCAGUUCCAUUAGAUGGUUUUAAGGACAAGGUCUUCUAUGUAUGGUUUGAUGCCCCUAUUGGAUAUGUGAGUAUCACUGCAAAUUACACCAGUGAAUGGGAGAAAUGGUGGAAGAAUCCAAGUCAAGUGAAAUAUUAUGAGUUCAUGGCCAAAGACAAUGUUCCUUUCCAUGGUGUUGUAUUUCCUUCUGUGUUGAUUGGUACAAAACAGAAUUGGACAAUGGUGUCCAACAUUCUCGCCACAGAAUUCCUCAAUUAUGAAGACGGGAAAUUCUCCAAGAGUAGAGGAUUUGGUGUGUUUGGUGAUCAAGCUAUCAACACAGGCAUUCCAAGUGAUAUUUUUAGGUUCUACUUACUUUUCGUAAGGCCUGAGUCACAAGAUACAACCUUUUCAUGGGUUGAUUUCCAGUUAAAAAACAACAGUGAGCUGUUGAAUAACUUGGGGAAUUUUGUUCAUCGGUCUCUGUCCUUUGUGUUCAAGUUCUUCAACAGAGCUAUACCAGAAGCCCAUCCAACAGAGUCGGACUAUCAAAUUAUGGCUGCGAUAAAUAUUGAAUUAGAGCAGUACUAUUCUGCAAUGUGUGCUAAUCGUCAGCGUGAUGGCUUGAGGAGUAUUCUCGCCAUCACAAAGAUUGGUAAUCAGUAUAUCCAGGAAAAUGAACCAUAUAAACUCAUUAAACCAGACCGGACAGAGGAGGAUAAAAAGCGAGGUGCUACUGUCAUUGCCAUAGCAGCUAAUAUUGCAGCUCUUGUCAGUAUAAUUUUGGAACCAUACAUGCCAGAUACCUCGAAGAAGAUCAAGUCAUAUCUCAAUAAUCCCUCAGUACUGAACAGCCUUCCAUCAGCCUUCUCAUGUUUUUUACCUGCUGGUCAUGCUAUUCAAGAACCAAAGCCACUCAUCACACAGCUUGAUGAUGACACCAUCAAGAAACUAUUUGAAGAGUUCAGAGGUCAGUCUCCAGAAAAAAAAGUAGCUGAUCCAGCAGAGGUGGCUAAAAUGGAAGCUCGCGUUGCUGAACAGGGCAACAAAGUGCGUGAACUGAAAACCAGUGGCACAGCUGGUAAAGAUGCCAUUGCUGCUGCAGUAGCUAUGCUCCUCAAGUUGAAAGAGGAGCUGGCAGCAAUGAAGGGAGAAGAACCAGCUUCGUCUGGUAAGGACAAGAAGAAAAAAGGUGGAAACACAGGGAAGAAAGAGUCCAGUGCACCAGCUCCUUCUAGCAAACCUGAGGCACCGGCUGCAUCUAACCCAGCAGAAGUUGAUCGUCUGCAAGCUUUAGUCACAGAGCAGGGCAACCAUGUACGAGAACUUAAAGGAAAAGAAGGAACCUCAAAAGAAGCAAUAGCAGCUGAAGUUGCUAAGCUUCUUGACCUCAAGAAUCAGCUCGCAUUAGCGCAAGGCAUCGAUCCAGCCACGUUGAAUUCGAAAGAUAAAAAGAAAAAGAAGAAGUGAUAAUGGUACUGGUUAGAUGUGAAAGUUUUUAUUUCAUAUUAUUUAAAAGCUGUACUUACUUGAAAAAUACAAUUUUUAUGAGUUGA